AAUAUAUAAUUUAAGUCAAUUAGGUAUCAACAUUUUCUUAUAGUCAUCCUCUGUUCGAUACACGAGCUAGUUCAAUGCCUAACUUGGAUUAAAGGGAUAUUCCUACAAUACAUAGCUCAAGCGUUCUGGAAUCAAUGACUAGGCCUAGUAUUCGUCAUAGAUUUAACAUACCCAUUACUAUUGGUUGAAAUUGAAUUGAAAGAGAAAAAAAUACAUUACAAAAUUAUAUUCGUUUCUCUGUGCAUCACUGAAAGACACAAACCAAUUAGCCACCAGUGUCCUGUGCUAUGGCCGUGGAUUUUGGUGACUUCUGUGGAAACAGCUCCUUUUGGAAUGAAUCUCUUUUGACUGAAAGCAAUUAUCCCAAAUUCACAGAAUGUUUUAUUCAUACAGCCCUUGUUUGGGCACCUUGUGGCUUGUUAUGGAUAAGUCUACCUGUAUAUAUGAUCUUUCUGACAGCAACACAGAAGGCACCUCCAAACCCAAUCCAGACUUUAAAUAUAACAAAAACACUUAUUUCAGUCCUCCUUUGUGCGUUAUGUGUUAUACAGUUGAUACGUCACACAGAUGACAGUAAUACCUACACAGCUAUAUACGUAGCUGAUAUAAUCAAGAUUGUAACAUUUCUACUGAGCAUUAUUAUUGUGCAAAUAGAUCGGCGGUAUGGUAGAAUCAACUCACUACCUCUUUUUUUCUACUGGCUGCUGAUGGCAGUGACAAAUAUUAUACCUUUCUAUACUAACUUCAUGGAAAAGGUUUAUGAAACUGAUCAAACAGAAUUUGGAACACAAUGCUGUAUCUCGAUACUACUAAUAAUACAAUUUUUUGCUUUCUGUUUUGCGGAAAAACGAGGGCGUCAAGGAUAUAUUGAUCUGUCUAAGUCUCAAACACCAUCUUUGGAACUUACAGCAUCACUGCCAAGUAUGUUUUCAUUUUGGUGGACUAACAAAUUAAUAUGGACUGGCUAUAAGAAAACUUUGACAGAAUCUGAUGUCAAUGACCUUCACCCUGAAGAUGUUAGCAGCUACCAAGUUCCAAGAUUUGAAAAAGCCUGGCAACAGGAAGUGGAAAGAUGUGAGCAGUUCAACAAGUUAUACAUCAGUCUACAUGGCCCUCCCAAAAAUCGAAACUCAUCAAUUGAAAAAACUGUCAGAGUUCAGGAUAAUGAGAAGUCAAAACUCUUGCCAAAGCAUAAAAAGGAAAAGGGAGAUGAGGAAGAGAAAGAUGACUCUCCAUUAAAGAAGCCAUCCCUCGUUAGAGUCUUGUUUAAAGUCUAUGGACUGGAACUUGUUUGUUUACAGAUAACAAGAACUUGCUUUGAUCUUUUGUCUUUUGUUACUCCAAAAAUUACUGAGGCAUUGCUAGCUUACAUUCAAGGAGAAAAAAGGGACAAUGAGAUCUGGAAAGGUUAUCUACUAGCCACAUCCUACUUUGUGGUCAGUUCUAUUACAUCCAUCUGCAGUAAUCAGAUACUCAACAGGAACAAGAGACUGGGCAUGCACAUCAAAUGCUCCAUAACUGCUGCCAUCUAUAAGAAAGCAUUGACAAUCAGUAAUGAAGCCAAAAGAGAAUCAACUUUAGGAGAAAUAGUCAACUUAAUGUCUGUAGACUGUCAGAGGCUGGAGAAUGUCAUGAAUUAUUGCUACAUAUUUUUUUCUGCACCCUUUCAGAUUAGUAUAGCAUUAUAUAUGCUGUAUGAUCAAAUUGGUGUGGCCACAUUUGCUGGGCUUGGAGUGGUUCUCAUACUUAUGCCAAUGAACACAAUUGUAUCAGUUUCCUUGCGCAAGUUUAAUAGGCAAAUGAUGAAACUAAAAGAUCGCAGAAUUCGACUUAUGAAUGAAUUACUGAAUGGAAUGAAGGUUCUUAAAGUCUAUGGCUGGGAGGAAGCCUUUGAGAAGAAAGUCUCAACAUAUAGAAGUGAAGAGAUCAGACUGAUCUUUAAAUUGUCUUUUGUUAUGGCCUCACUCAGUUUAAUAUUUCAAAUCAUUCCUUAUUUUGUUCAAGUAGCUUCCUUUGGUGUAUUCAUAGCAGUGGAUGGCUACCUAGACCCCAGCAAGGCUUUUGUUUCCAUCUCGCUCUUCAACAUCCUGACCUCAGCUCUCAGCAUGAUGCCAAUGUUUAUACCUGCCCUCAUCCAGGCUGGUGUUUCUAUUACACGUAUUGUUGGAUUCUUCAGACAACCUGAUUUAAGUCCUGAUGCAAGAACAUAUGAUCCAAGGUCAGAGGAUGCCAUCAAAAUAGAAAAUGGAACAUUUACUUGGGACAAUGUGAUGCCUGAACCAACUCUUAAAAACAUCAACCUUAAACUCAAACCAGGGAAACUGGUGGCUGUGGUAGGAACAGUGGGGUGUGGUAAAUCAUCAUUGCUGUCGGCCAUCUUGGGAGAAAUGAACAAGACUAAAGGCAAAGUGACCGUGAAGUAUAACAACAUGGCAUAUGUACCUCAAGAAGCCUGGAUUCAGAAUGCAACUCUGAGAGACAAUAUCCUGUUUGCUACUGACUUCAAGUCUUCCCUGUACAGUAAAGUUGUGGAGGCAUGUGCCUUAAAAUCAGAUUUAGACAUACUGCCUGGUGGGGAUCAAACAGAGAUUGGAGAAAAGGGUAUUAACAUAUCUGGCGGUCAGAAACAGAGAGUAUCAUUGGCCAGGGCUGUAUACAGUCGGUCUGACAUAUACCUGCUGGAUGACCCACUAAGUGCUGUGGACAGCCAUGUUGGUAAACAUAUUUUCCAGGAGGUCAUCAGUAACAAAGGAAUGUUGAAAGGCAAGACUCGGGUUAUGGUUACACAUGGAGUUCACUGGUUGCCCAUGGUGGAUCAUAUCAUAGUCAUGAAGAAUGGAGGCAUUUCUGAGAUGGGCAGUUAUGAGCAGCUGGUCUCACAUGAUGGAGAGUUUGCCCAAUUUCUAAAGGAAUACUUUAUACAAGAAGCUGACGCACUCAGUGAAGAUGACACGGCUAAAUCACAGGACCCUGAAAUUGAUGAAUUAAAGAAACAAGUUUUGACAAGACUAGAAUCAUUGACUGGAGCUUCUUCUGCUGAUGAAGCUGGAAAGUCUCAAGAUGACCAGUCUUACAAGAGGAAACUUUCACUCACAGUGUCUGCAAGACGAGAGAGUUGGACAGCAUCCACCAACUUGACUUUAUCCACUAAAGAAAGCUUGACUGGCUCUAAUAGACUGAGGCGUCGAGGAAGUCAAUCAGCUGGUUCAAGGGAAGAAAAGCGAGGCAAAGGCAUUCACAGAAGAGUUGAUAAUCUUGAUGAUGGUUUGAUAGAUGAAGACUUGGAGGAGGAAAAGCCAGAAAAACUAGAAAAAGGUUCCGUUAAAAUUGUGAAAGGUCAGAGAUUGGUUCAAGCAGAAAAGGCAGAGACUGGUGGGGUCAAGAUGAAAGUUUACAUUGACUACAUUCGUUCUGUCGGCUCCUACUCCACCAUCUUCAGUUUCCUGUGCUAUCUGAUCUACAUGGGCAGCAAUAUAUUCUCUGGCAUUUGGCUUAGCAUGUGGACUGAUGAUACUUACCUGGCCAACAGAAAUCUGAGUGAUACAGAGGAGUAUGCUGACAAAACAAAUUUAUACAUUGGUCUCUAUGGAGGACUGGGUGUCAUUCAGGGUAUCUUCACUUACUCUUUCUCUGCAUCUAUGCUGGUGAAAACUGUGGUAGCAUCUAAUGUACUUCACAAUGCAAUGUUGAACAACAUUAUGAGAUCACCUAUGUCUUUCUUUGAUACAACACCCAUUGGUCGAAUUGUGAAUCGUUUCUCUAAAGAUGUGGAUGUCCUGGACAACAUGUUGCCAAAUGUAUUGCGGCAAAGUGUGCAGAGUAUGGGCCGUGUGUUAAUUUCACUGAUCAACAUCUCUUACAGUACCCCAAUAGUACUCAGUGUUAUAGUACCAGUUGUUAUUCUCUAUGUUUUGAUGCAGAGAGUGUACAUCCCUGCAUCUCGACAAAUCCGUCGUAUUGACUCCACCACCAAGUCUCCCAUCUAUGUACAUUUCUCUGAGACUUUGAGUGGGGUGUCCAGCAUCAGAGCCUAUGCAGCCCAGGAGAGAUUCUAUGAAAACUCUAUGAGGCUGGUGGACUACAAUAUGAAGUUUUAUUUUGGAAGUAUAGUAGCUUCAAGCUGGCUUCAAAUCAGACUCCAGUUCUUGGGUAAUGUAAUAGUAUUGGCAGCAGCCAUGUUUGCUCAGGCUGACACUGGACUUACUGCAGGUUUGGCUGGCUUGGCAGUGUCCUAUGCUCAGCAGGUAACAGGAGCUCUAUCCCAGGUGAUCCAGGUAGCUACACAAGCUGAAACUAAUAUAGUGUCUGCAGAGAGAAUUCUAGAGUAUUCAGAGAUUGAAACUGAGGCUGCAUGGAAGAACCCGAAACUGCGACUUCCUGAGCCAUGGCCUGAAGAUGGAGAAAUAGAUUUUGAUGACCUGCAAAUAAAAUACAGAGAGGGCCUUGAGCUGGUACUCAGAGGGAUAACCUGUAAUAUUAAAGGUGGUGAAAAGGUUGGAAUUGUUGGGAGAACAGGUGCUGGUAAAUCCUCUCUCUCAGUGGCACUCUUUCGUUUGGUGGAGGCUGCUUCUGGAAAGAUCUCUAUUGACAAUCAAAACAUUGCAACCCUAGGACUUCAUGACCUGCGUAAAAAUAUCACCAUUCUUCCUCAGGAUCCUGUCAUAUUUUCUGGAACUUUGAGGAUGAACCUUGACCCGGCUGAGAUGUACACAGACCAUCAAAUCUGGGAGGCUUUGGAGCAUGCCCAUCUGAAAGGUUUCGUAACAAAUUUACCAUCGCAGUUGGACUACGAGUGUGGGGAAGGAGGUCAAAACUUGAGCAUGGGUCAGCGGCAGCUAGUUUGUCUAGCCCGGUGUCUGUUGCGCAAAUCCAAGAUUCUAGUGCUUGAUGAAGCCACGGCUGCUGUAGAUAUGGAAACAGAUGACCUGAUUCAGAAGACCAUUCGCACGGAGUUUAAGUCCAGCACAGUGUUGACCAUAGCCCACAGGCUGAACACCAUCAUGGACUAUGACAGAGUGAUUGUGAUGGACAAAGGUAAGAUUAAGGAGAUAGACUCACCACAAGCACUUCUGAAGGAUCAACAAUCCACAUUCUACUCAAUGGCUAAAGAUGCUAAUCUUGUUUGAAACUGAAAUGUUGUUUUUUUCAUGUCUCUUUAAAAUGUUUCAUGAUAUCAACACAUUGAUGAAAUUUGUAUUAUGAUUACCAUACUUUGUAAGUUGUUAUAAUUUUUAAUUGAGAUAUUGUUGUGCAAUUUUUGACAAUUAAUUGUGAUUUUUUUUUAAGAUUUUAUCUUUUUAGUUGCUAGUAUUACCUUUAAGCAUUUUUGUAGAGUAUUCUGCAAAUUUUUAUUGUCUACCUUUUCUAAAAUACUAUUUUUUUAAAGUCAGACUAUUGAAUUUGAUGAACAGAAUUUGUGUCAUAAUUAUUAACAUUAAAUCUGAAUGAUACAAGA